GGUCGCCCCCGAUGCACCGACGGCUGCAAGGCCCGAGCUGCUGGGUUGGCUGCAGCAGGUGGAGUUGCUGGCAAGUCGCGCCGAGUGCUUCUCCCAGCAGCUGCUGGCGGCGGAGUCGGAGCUGCAUGCGGUGCGGGAGGAGAACGGCGAACUGAUGGAGGCGUUGGCGGAUGCAGAUGGCAAGUUGACCGCCCUCGCUUCCGCCGCCGAUAAGGCCAUCCGUACCGACAUGUCGGCCUCCUCCGCUGCAGCCGCUGCCCUAGCUGCAGCUGCCGUCGCAACGGCCGGUGGUACGAACACACCCUCGCACGCAGCCGCAGUUCUCACUUCCGCCAAACCAACCACACCGCUCACCGCUCACCGCGCCGACAAGGGCCCUACAUCCAGGGGCGGCGCUGCUUUGUACGGCAGCACUGGCGGCGACAGCGGCAGCGGCAUCAGCAGUACGGAAUGCACUCCGCAACGGGACCAAGACGGCCGGGCGAAGUCGGGCAAGGGCCAGGGAAUGGGUGGUGUGAUGCCGGCGGUCAUGAUGACGUCCACCGUCAAUGCUGCAGCUGAGGCUGAGGUCGCUGCUGGUGCUGGGGCCGGGAGUGGUGCAGCUGACGCGGAGAGGGGGGCAGACGCGGCACAUGAGGCGGCGGA